AUGGGGACUGUUGGUGAUGUUAUUAGUCACAUACAUCAUCUGAUUCGCGAUACAGGCCAAGGCCGGGUAUGCGUCUGGUCUAGAAAUUUCGAUGUUCACGGCGAACGUUCUGGUAAACCUAAACAAAGAGCCAUGGAUGAAGAUGAAGAUGAAAACGACGAUGAAGUAGAAGAUGGAGUACAAGAUGAAGAUGAAGAUGGAAUACAAAAUGAAAAUGGAGAUGAUGUACAAAAUGAAGAUGAGGAUAAAGUUCAAGAUGAAGAUGAAUGUGAAGUACAAGAUGAAGAUGAAAUACAAGACGAGAAUGAAGUACAACAUGAAGAUGAAGUACAGGAUUAA